CGUCAAAAUGGGCGCAAGCACAAGAACGGGAAAGUUUGCCAUUGGAUUUACGGCUUUUGCAUUUUUGUUUAUUCUGAUUGCGUUCUGCUCGCCCUACUGGUUACAAACAGAUGGCAAACUUAAGCAUCCAAAGUUCACCAACCUAGGACUUUGGGAACUGUGCCUUAGGAACUUCCAAGAUAUUCACCGAUGGUAUGACUACCCGUUCAAUGGAUGCAUGUGGAUAUUCGAAGAGGAGUACUACAUCAUCCAUGACUACAUUCUGCCCGGGUUCUUCAUAGCGGUACAGUUCUUCUUCACGCUCUGCUUCACGCUGCUACUGAUGGGCGUGAUCAUGACGCUGAUGUACCUGACCUGCUCCCGGGACAACGAUCGCUACAUCAUGCUGCUGCUCACGAAUGGUACGGUGCUGUUGUUGGCUGCGUUCUGCGGUUUAAUAGCGGUCGCGACAUUCGGUUGCUAUGGUGAUAGCCGAGAUUGGAUGCCCAACUGGGAGCAUAACGAUAUGGGGUGGUCAUUUGCGUUGGGUGUCGUUGGCACGUUUGCCCUGUUCCCGGCCGGCAUACUGUUCAUCGUGGAGGCGCGCCGUGCUACGUACAGGAGGCUGAACAACAUUGCCAACACGGAAAUGGCAGCCGCGUACACGAUGGACGAGCGUAAAUAUCGCGGAGGCCAUACAGAUAUCUAGAGGUAGACAUAUCGACAUUCCAGAUUCCGCGGAAGGAGUUGCGUUCCACACCCAUACUCCUUUUGCUCGGAAUGUACCAUUUGCCUUAUAAGAGAGUAGAUUUAGGAAAGAUUUUUUUUACACACACAUAACUCUAACAUUCAAGUUUUAAGUAAGGGAGACGAAUCAUUUCACCGCAAUGGCACUUAAAUGAAACAAUACGAUUAGCACAACAAUCUCAAGAAGAAAACCAUUCCGUCCUAAAUAGGGAAUAAAAGCAUGGCAACGUUUGCCUCCUACUGUACUUGACCGACUCAUUAAAUGUUCAUUAUCGAGUCGUUAGACUGUACAGGAGUCCAUUAGUGGGUCGAGGAUUUGCUGUGUCUGCUGCAACCGCUACAGCACGAAACACGAUAAAAUUUAAACGAUUAGUUGUACAUCCGGUGCAGUCACAUUUCAACUGCCACUUUUUUGAUAACGAAAUAUACACCAGAUUAGUUAAAGGUAGUUUUAAAUCAUUUGAAAUUAUUAAUUAACAAGCAUGUAACAAGGACCACUGCCUAACAUGGAGUGGUGUAUUUCGUUACACAGAACAGUGUUUCUCAAGCUAAAUUAAUCCGCUUCUGGAGUAUACAUAAAAUAGAAGCAUAAAGGUGGCAUUUAAAACAA